UUCAGAAUUAUUAAUAUUCUAGGGGUCAUGAGUCCUAAAGGCGGUGCAGAACAAUUUUGUUUGGUUGGUUGACCCAACCAUAGCCCCAUGCCAAUACGGCCACAUCGCUCUAGAAGAGUAGUUGCCAUACCCAAAGCGCUGUAGGCCAGUCGGGCUACAUAAAAGGCCCCCUUAUUCUUUAUCUUUCCCCGCACUCCAUCUUCUUCCUUCCAUACAAAUGCGCAUCCCACUUAUCACGAGUCCUCGAUACCAAGACGUUGGUCGCCGGAAAGGCGGCGGCGGCGGCGGAAAAGGCGGCGGGAAAGGCGGCAGCAGUAGCAGCAGUGGGAAAGGUGGUGAUGCUGAGGGUGGCAGCUCAGGGAGUGGGGGUAAGACCUCAAAGGUACCCAUCACGGGUAGCUCCGCCAGCGGCAAGAGCACAGCAACGGCGUACGGAUAUGGAGGUGGGAAACCCCAAACGAUUCCCGCUGGACAGUUUUUUGCUGGGCGCACUGCUGGAGGGGCUACAAGAGCACAGAUAUACGGUACAAGAACGUAUGGCAGUGGAUAUCCUGGAUACUCUGGCUAUGGUGUCGCAGGUCGAGGAUUUCCGUUUUGGUUCUGGCUGGUUGUUUGGGGAGGAUCUUCAAAUCAAUACCUCGAUGAUUCUGAAUACGGCAAUUCUUUCAAUACCAGUAGGCUCGGUGGAUCGAUGGCACAGGCCAACUUCAUUUCGAAUACGACGGGUUCUACCUUCCAUAUACUAUCUGACAACAGUACCAUUGGCUCUUUGAUCAAUUCUAUCAACACCAAUUGCUCGUCGAAUUUGUCAUCCUCGAGUUCAAAAUCUCCAUCACCGUAUAAUUCAUCCGCUCCAGGAGGUCCUCAGCCGGAACAAGCCAUCCAGUACUACCGCUCUUCCAGCAUCGUGCUAACUUUGGAUGACUACAAUAACUCCGCUACGUUCAAUCCGAAUACCACGGACUCGCCGUUACCUUCUGGGGUUGACAUGACUCUUUUAAAUUGCUUGAACUACACCAUUGGGCAGGCUGCACCGUUAAUCGAUAGUGCCAGCUCGCGGUACAUUUCGCCACCAUGCCUUGGCUUUGCUACCCUCGUUUGGUUCCUGUGGUAUCUGGCGCACUGGGUCUAAUUCCUCAAUGUCAUCAUGUUUCAUCCCCUCGAUUUUUUCGGAUUCCCUGAUUCUUCGGCAUCAUGUUCAGUUCGGGAUCGCCCCGUUUCAGAUGAUC